AUGGCGCACCAGGUGGAGAAGUUCGCGCAGUUCUGCGCGGAGCAGGGGCGGCCGGAGCUGCUGGAGCUGCUGCCGGAGAUCAGCGAGGGCGCGCGCGUCGAGAUCCGCGUCGAGGGCGCGCGGUGCUCGCGGCCCCUCGACGACGACGACGCCACGGUGCUGGCGACGGGCCUCGUCGUGUCGGGCCUGGACGUGAGCGUCGUGAGCCUGCCGAACCACGCCAUCGGGAACCCCGGCGCCGCCGCGCUGUCCACGCUGCUGCUGGAGGAGCCGGCGACGGGCUACGCGGGCGCGCUCAACCGGCUCGACCUCCGGGGCAACGCCGUCGGCGCCGUGGGCGUCCAGGCCAUCGCCGACGCCGUGCGCAAGUCCACGGCCAUCGUCGACCUCGACCUGUCCUGGAACCCGCUGGGCGAGGAGGGCGGCUACCGCGUCGCGGAGAUGCUCGAGUCGCUCGAGACGCUCAAGGCCCUCAAGGUCGCGCACACGGACCUGGACACGUCGGCGCUCAUCGCCAUCUGCUCGACGCUGCGCACGAACGGCGCCUGCCUCGAGCACCUGGACGUGGGCGGCGCCGUGCUCGCCGCGGAGCAGAGCGAGGACUUCGCGAAGCACGUCGCGACGAUGCUCGGCCUCAACCGGCGCCUGCUCUCGCUGAGCCUCGGCAACUGCCGCAUCGGCGACGACUCCGUGGGCCACAUCGCGACGGCGCUCCAGGGGAACCCGACGCUCACGGCGCUGAACCUCAAGGCGAACCGCGUGCGGUCCGCGGGCGCCGCGGCUUUGGCGGACGCGCUCCGCCGGUCCGCGCUCUCCGCGGGCCGCCGCGGCCCGCUCACGCCGCCCCUCAAGAUCCUGGACCUGAGCCACAACGCCAUCGGCGACGAGGGCGCCGCGGCUCUGGCCGACGCCGUCGCCCACGAGUGCAGCCUCUACGAGCUCCGCGUCGCGCACAACGACAUCGACGACGCCGGUCUCGCGGACCUCGCGCGGGCGCUCCACCACCCGAACCACCUCCGCUACGUCGCCGCCUGGGGCAACCGCUUCGGCAAAUCCGCCAACGCCGAGUUCCACGACCUGUACCACGGCGACAACGACUGCUACGUCGAGAUGGACUUCACGACGUACGAGGUCGACGGCAAGCUCCGCGCGGCGGAGCGCGUCGACCUCGCCUUCACGGGCGCGAAGCGCGAGGCCCAGGUCCUCGAGCGGGCACGGUCCAUGAACUGA